AUGUACGCAUGUAACUACUAUACUUUAUUCAUUCGACCUACUUGUUCGAUUAGGGAUAAAUCUUCAGAUGCGUUGGAAUUAUUUCCCUUUCACGAAUCAUUCUUCUUCCGUUUUGAUUUUUUUGUGCGAAUCACUUUUUUUAUUUGGUUGCUCAGUUUUUUAGUCCUUUUGGAAGAUGAAAAUAGAAUGGGCUCCUUCUGUAUAUCGUUUAUGAGUAUGAAAAGCAUGGUAGAAGCCAUCCAGUAUAAUCUUGCCAAAGAUUUGAAUGUCUUGCCUUGUUAUACGCAUGAAAGGAAACAAACAAAAAUCAUCCCAAGCACAAACACAACUGCUGCAGAUAUUGUACCUGUUGGACUAACUGACCUCUCUGAUCACAGACUUGUUCUGGGUUCACGUUACAUCCAGUCGGAUUUUAACAUAAACUUUUUAUGUGGUCUUAGUCGGCAGUCGUCUGGUGUACAAGUUCUUGGAAUCGGCCAUGGAAAGAAGAUUUUGAAGAUUUUGGACAAUUCUAGAUUUUUACGAGUUUAUCAUUUAAAAGGAAAAUUUGGAAUGGCAACUGACAAUUUCUCUUGUCAUGGUCGACUUUUACAAAGAUCUACUUACCAUCAUAUAACAAAGGCAAAACUGGACAAGGCUUGCUCAGCUGUACAGGGUCAACACCAGAAAAAUCUAUUUAUGCAUACCCAGAUUGAUUCUCAGAGCCAAGAAGCAUAUGAAUUGGCCUGCAAGGGAUUGAUACGGCCACUGGAAAACUCGGCAGUCCCUAUCCUUUAUGGGGUUCGGUGCAUAGAUUUUAAUCUGCCUAAUUUUACUCUUGAAGUUCACACCCUUUAUGAAAAGGCAUCCUAUCUGAUCUGUGUGCACACAAGUGCGGCGUAUACGUUACGGCCACUUCACCUUGGAACAUGCCCUGCUACGGAAAUUUUGGACAUUAGAAAAUAUCCUUGA